GACAUUCACCGAAUAUAGAAUUCCAUUUCAUAUAUUAUACAAUGGAAGAAAAAAUAUGGUCCUUUUUCGAGGAAGAAAGUGAUGAGGAAAUUUCAGAUGCCCACUGCGCAGAAGAGCUUCAACUCCAGGAAGCUCUCCAGGCCUCCUUCGCCAGCCUGCAGAUGAUAUCAUCAAACCAUGAAGAAGAAGAAGCAGAAUCGUCUGGGUUUUUCUGCGGGAUUUGCAUGGAGAGAAAAGAAUCAUCGGAGAUGUUCAAGAACAACAACAACACCUGCUCUCAUUCCUUCUGUUCCCUAUGCAUCAGCGAAUACGUCCAGUCCAGGAUUGAUCUGAAUCUCCCUCCCGGAACCUGCCCGGAUCCUGACCGGAACUGUCCUGCCACGAUCGACCUCUCUUCCUGCAAGUCAAUCCUCCCAGAAGCCGCGAUUGCGAAGUGGGAGAGAUGGCUAACCCAGUCCAGCGUCGAUGCUUCUCAGAUCAUUUAUUGCCCCUACGGCGACUGCUCUGAGAUGUUCGUGUACGAAGAUGAAGAGCAAGAGGUAAUCACAGAGGCAGAGUGUUCCUUCUGCCGGAGACUUUUCUGUGCGCAGUGCCGCGUGCCGUGGCAUGCCGAUCAGGACUGCGAGGAAUUCCGGGAAUCGGAAGGCGAUGUGGAGGUUGAGGAGAUGGCCAGGAACUUCAAAUGGAUGAAGUGCCCCCAUUGCAACCGCGUCGUUGACAAGAUUGAUGGCUGUAUACACAUCACUUGCUGGUGUGGGCUUGAAUUUUGCUAUGUGUGUGGUUCCAUAUGGAGCGAAGAUCAUUGGGAUUGCCAAACUGAAAAUGAUAUUGAUGACUAAAGCAUUACAAAUGGUGCGAAUUGGCUCAAAUAGAUCAGAAGAGAUUUGGAGUCGUUUAAUGGUGAGAUGGGGAACACCAAUUCGUAUAAAUUGUCAUGCCAUUUACUCAUUUAUGUAAUUUGGUAGAGAGGUUUGUGAAGAAGACAAUGAAGUACUUGCUUUCCCUGCACUGUUAUUUCAAUUUUUUGUAAAAAAAAAAGAAAAGAAAAUUUCAGUGGUGUUUCCGGCACGUAACGUCGUCGACGUCGACUUAUACGACGGCGAUUGGUUGUCAAGAGUGUUAAGGAAAUUGUCGUCUAAGGAACUUUUGAUGUGUUCCACAAUCGGAUUGUCGUUGUCGAAGUCGUCGGUAAUGUCGCCAUUGACCCAUCUUCGCAUUUUGCUCCGACCGUUGACGGUUUAGUCGUCCGCAAUUAAUGAAAUUUUUUUGUUGUUU